AUGUCAGGAAUGGGAUUCUGCUACGUUGUUAUCUGUGCGUCGGCCCUCGUCUGCAAUCUGGCCACGACGUUCGGCAUAAAGCGCGCUUCUAUCGCGUCUCAUGCAGGAUUUAUCAGUUGCGGGCAUAAUGUUUCCGCCUACAGGCCGUCGCGCAUAGCGGACUCCAACGCGGCUAACGAUUUUCCUGCAGACGUUGGGUGGGAUACGGACGACCUCGUCCUUCCCAACAAGUACUACAAGCGCAGCAAACAUUCCAAGGUGGGAUUCAAGGGCGGGCUGCGGAAAGAAGUCGAAACGCAGGAGGAAAGGCUGGCGAGGACUUUCAAUAUAUUUGCUCCCAUGCCUAAGGAGGAAUUGAUGAGCACAUCCAGCAGGCCAAACGCCCCUGACCCUGAUCUUGUGGCUGACAUAAACAAGUACAUCAAACACCAUAUAGAAAAGGAGAAACAAGAGAGUGCGAAAUUAGCGGGAAGUGGCUCAUCACCUCCACGGAAAUCAGAAAAGCCACCCAAACCGUUAGCGAAGCCAGUGGCGGCUCCCGACCCGCAGCCACAAGUAAAAUGCCCCAACGCAAUAUUGCUUGAUAAAAGCAUAUUGUUCUCAACACCCCUGGAUGAAUACAUCGUUAUAGGUAAAAUAUUGUCGCCACACGGAUUGCGGGGGCAUGUUAAAGUGAGGUCGCUGUGCAGCAACCCGGAAAUAAAACUCUGCGAGCCCGGGUACAGGUUCCUGAAGUUCCCCAACCGUGACGAGACGGUCAUGCCGAUAAAGAUCGAUUCAGGGAAGCUUCUGGACGGUGAGAAAACCUACCGCCUAAAACUAGAGGGGGUCGACACCAAGGACCAAGCGUUGAGGCUCAACGGAGCCUUCCUGUCUGUUUCAAUCAGGGACGUACCGCCUCUAGAAGAGGACUGCUAUUACUCCAGGGAUAUCCUGAACCUCAACGUGUACCUGUUCAACGACAAAACGAAGACCUGUCUAGGGAAAGUGGUCGGGUUCUGGCACCGGGAAGACCUGGUCCAUCAUCCCAAAUUAGCAAAUCUGACUGAGGAUCUGAUCGAAGUGGAAAUGGAUAUCAGGCUAUCAUUGCAAACGCUGCUGGCACUCACAAAACGUUCUGCUGAACUGGAUGGUGAGACGCCUGCAGCGUCCGAAGUCGUCAAAUCCAAAAAGGUGACAGUAGUCACGGAUCGUGACCUGGACAUGGCGGACGACGUGAUAGACGCAGAAGAGGUAUUGGCCAAUUCCAAUAUGAUGGGCGUCCAUUAUGUGAAAUACUAUACGUGCAGCAUUUGCAAUAGGGAGUUCACCAACUACUCCAUCGCUCUUGAACAUGACAGGGCGCACGACGCUGGUGUGGUUACCGAAUCUCCCGACCACGAACAUGUGUCUAAUGGCCAAGAGGCCCAAAGCACGAAAGGAGAACAGAUUUACACUUUGGACGAAUACUACGAGAAGGAAAUCAAGAAACCGGUGAGACGGUUCUACAUACCGCUCAUAAAAGAGGAAACUAUCAAGUUUGUGGAUGUUCCCAACAACAGCCUGUACGUCGACACGUUUACUGUGUUCAUCGGCGAGGACGGCAACAAAGUGGCGAAAUAG